CACGAAUUCUACACCACAAACAACUGGCCAGGUUUUCUACAAUGACCCGCUUCCAUUCAAGAACUCUGUGAAUGGUACAGUCUAUUCCUUCUCCACCACCUUCGUUUUCGUUAUUGAGUUUCAUAAUGGAACUUUUGGAGGAUAUGGACUUGCCUUUGUCAUUUGUCCCACGAGAGAUGAAUGGGACUGCUCCAGAUAUAGACCCCUCUCGCCUCCCGAAAAUUCCUCGUUAUCAUCAGCCAUGGAUUCAGAGUCCAAAGGGGAUUUUGACGAUCAGUUUGGUUGUAUCAGGAGUCAUCAUACUCAUUAUCUUGACUCUCAGCUUAUGGCUUUUCCUGAAGAGGAAAAAGUUAUUGGAAGUUCUUGAGGACUGGGAGCUAUGCGAUCAUGGGAUUGAUCCUCAGACCUCUCAUGUGGCAGGUACACUUGGGUAUAUUUCACCUGAGCUCUCAAGAACAGGAAAGGCAAGCACAAGGUCAGAUGUAUUUGCACUCGGAGUAGUGAUGCUAGAGAUUGCUUGUGGGCGAAAACCCAUAUUGCCACGAGCAUCGCAAAGCGAGAUGGUACUGACUGAUUGGGUGCUAGAGUGUUGGGAAAACGGAGAUAUAAUGCAGGUUCUUGACCAUAAGAUUAGACAGGAGUAUGUCGAGGAGCAAGCAGCACUUGUUCUGAAACUUGGCUUACUCUGUUCUCAUCCAGUAGCAACCAUCAGACCAAACAUGUCUAGCGUCAUUCAAUUCUUGGACAGUGUGGCUCAGCUUCCUCAUAACUUACUUGAAAUUGUCCAAGCUCAAGAAAUUCAUCGAGGAACUGAAACCUCAGGUGAAGCAGCUGAUUCUCCUGAGUCCAGUUCUAUUGCUCCCUUGACCUUCACUGAAUCCUUUGCCUCUCAUGGUCGGUAAAAAUUUUAAACCGAUAUGGAGCUGAAAAUGUAAGUCUGAAUGAAGCUGAUUGUAAUAAGUUUGCAAGUGUGUA